AUGCUAGAAAGAUUCAAGUUUAACACAAGAGGGCCUUUGGAAGAAAUUAGCUUAAUUAAAUUGUUUACCCAUACUGGCCUUAUUCUUGUCUUUUCUGUUGUUCUUAUAGGAAUUCAAGCACAUGUUACAUUAUAUCAUUGGGACUUACCACAAGCUCUUGAGGAUGAAUAUGGAGGAUGGGUUAAUAAAAAAAUUGUAAGAGACUUCACAGCAUUUGCAAAUGUGUGCUUUAGAGAGUUUGGAGACAGGGUCAAACAAUGGACGACAAUUAAUGAAGGAAAUGUUUUUGCACAAGGUGGCUAUGAUAUAGGAUUCUUACCACCUCAACAUUGUUCACCUUCCUCUAUAUUUAAUUGCUCUAAGGGAAAUUCUUCUACGGAGCCAUAUUUGGUAACACAUAAUAUGUUGUUAGCUCAUGCAUCAGCUGCAACAUUGUAUAGGAACAAGUACCAGGUAACUAAUGUCUACUAUUUCAUUCAUCUUGGCCUUCCUUCUAAAUUUGGUGACAAUGGUUAGGCUAACAUAUUCUGAUAAUAAAAGUUUAAAAGACUUGAUAAAUAUUUAUAGUUCACUUGCUUCAAAAAAAAAAAUUCUUAUAGCACGAUUCAACCUCAUUUUUUAUACCACAUAUCCAAAAAUCAACAACUGAAAUCAAUAAGGCAACACCAAACCACACUAACAGCAGCACUCAAAGGAUAAAUUCAAUAAAAAAAACUAUUACCAACAGCACAACAGAUUCAACAUUAAAUUAAUUUAACUGCACUAAACAUUCUUGAAAUUCAUUUUUCUUUCUGUUUAAUGAGUCUAACCAGCAAAAUUCUAAAUAUAUGAGCGUACUGAAAAGAAAACCCAAUUUGGGACCUUAGGUAAUUAAAAUUCAAAAAUGUAGCAGAUCAGAUCAAACUUCAUUCAAAUUUCAAAAUUUAAAGAGAAAAAAAAAA